GCAAUGUAAAAAGAUGGAUCAGUGGUCAUAAAGAGGUUAAAAUAAAAACUAGAUCCCAGUCUUUAUACACAUAACCAAAUUAUAACAAAGGAACAUAAAUCUACAGGGCUUGGCUGCAGUUCUUGCUCACUGGACAUUGAUGACAUGAAGGCUAUAUAACCACAGUGCACGUUAUACUGAGGUCCAGUCAUAUACAGCUGAGUCAGGAAAACAAAAGACAUAAAAUGAAGACCCUGCUGUUCCUGUGUGUGGGGAUGUCUCUUUUGCACUUAGUGGUCCCGCAGGUUUCCUAUCUGACUUUACAAAUCCCCCGACAUUUGCCAGCAAAGAAUGCCUUAGACUUUGUCAUUUUCAGUGUUGCAUGUAGCUUUGAAUCCCUUGUCUCCACAUAUAAAGAGAUGGACGAUCCUAUGAGCAGGUUUCAGUUCACUGAUGCCGUCUCCAUAUUUCUCUCUAGUGGUCGGAAGCCGGGUAAUAAAAAAGCAAACGUGACACCGACAGAUUUUAAAAAAACAAUUGAUGCCAAAACCAAACUCAAUGACUUUGUGACUUCAAAAACCAGCAAAAAAAUCAAUGAUCUCUUCGGUGGAUUUGCUGAAAGUACAGACGCUGUUGUUGUGAGUUGUGCAGAUAAGUGGAAAGUUCCUGUCAGUGAAGGCAGUCAAUACCUGGUCCAGCUAAAAGGAGAAUACAAUGUAAUGGUCGAUAAGAAUCUGGGAUUCACAAUGCUGGAGAUUCCAAGGAACCAGUAUAUGAGCGCCCUGAUCAUCUUACCAGAUGGAGGAAAGGAAGCAGCAGUGUCAGCAGCCGUCAAUGAUGCCAACCUGACAAAGUGGAGAAAGUCAUUGACUAAACAGACGGUUAAACUCGAUGUCCCCCGGAUCACUGUGUACGUCUGCUCGGCCCUGACUGCUGAAGUAACUCGUAUGGGCGGAUAUGAGAGGAGGGGAAAUAAGUUCGCAGCUAAAAUCACAGUCACCUUUCCAUAGAGUGCGGGAAAGAAGAAGAAACCCCGAUCAGCUCCGCAGCCAAUCACAAGCCGGGAAUUAGUUCUGUCCAUAAGUCUUAUCCAUAGGAAGAUUUCUGCUUAAAUAAAUAAUUCUCCCCAAAAUAAUAAAGAGGCAAAUAUA